AUGGCCAUGAAAUCACAUAAAGAAGAUGUUGGUGAAUUAGAAUUAGUAACAGCUACCAAAGUUGACUUUUGUAACAGCUCAUGUUUUACAACAUUACUUGAGCCAGAUUCAGAGACUGAUAGAGCAACACAUAGUCAGACCUCCACCCCAAAGCCUAACCUCACUUACCCCAGCCAGGCCCGCUUUCCCUCACUCAAUGCCAGACUAGAGAAACCCGAGUCCCACCCCUCAGCUAAGGCCCUGUCCUUCAGUAAGGCCUCUAAAACAACCAGCAGCCAAAACCCAGUUUUGAAUAGCUGGAAGGCAAUUGCUUAA